AUUUAUUACAUCUUCGUUAAAACCCCUCACACGAAUCCAUCGGAAUGGCGUCUUCCUCCACAUUAUGGAACUCGUUGUCUCCCCCUGACGAUGAGCCCGCAGUAUCUGACAGUUUAUAUCAUCACGAUCACCUGAACACAAUGUCAAGCUUUAAUCGUCCCGCUCGGGCUUUCCCCCCCCUCUGAUCCCUCAACAUCGGCCAUCCCCAGGGCGAGCAGGUUCUUCUCCCUUGGCGGAACGCGCACUGUCACCUCACAGAAUAGCGGUGCCACACCUAGCGCUUUUGGCCCCGCCGCCAAUAUGAUGAGUCAUCCCUUCAACCCAUCCAUCCACACCGGUUAUAUGAAUGGUUACCCGGAAUCGAACGUCUCAUCCGACAGAUACCCCCCCUACCACAGGGAGGAAGCUACUACCACCCAUACCAUAAUGGACAAUAUAGCUCCGUCGCAAAACUACUAUUCAACCACCAAUUUCAUGCAGGCGACAUACGGGCUUCAAUACAACUCGACCUACAGCGGUCCUGUCCACAACCCCCUAAGAUAUCAUGAUACCCAGCACCAUAACACCGCACAGGGAGGUGUCGAAUUCUGGCAUUCCAGUACUCCGGUUACAGAUGCAAAUUACUCGCCAUCCUAUCCACAACAAAUGCAGUGUCCAGAUGGUUAUACUCCUUAUGAGUCCCAAUACGCCUCGCCCAACUCAGAUGCAUCCUCUAGUUCCUACCAUGAGUCGUCCUCCUACCGCAGUGAACCGUCCCACCCUGCUCCAUCCGUCUAUUGUCCUGAAGCGUAUCAUGGCCAGCGAGCACAACGCGAGCCGCAACCUUUAACUUCAGCGAUGUCUUCAUAUCCCAGUAUAAGUCAUCCUUCAUAUCGUCAACCAUUCAUCCAACCACAUGAAGAUCUGCCUCACCGUAAUCCACGUUCUCGCCAGAACUCUCGGCGUCGUAACAGAUUUCAUACCCACGGAAAUCACCAUUCGGGGUCCGAUAUAUUCUCUUGUGGCUGGCUUGUCGGAGAAAACAAGACUUGUGGAUUUGAAGGGCCGUUGGAUGCAUUCCAGACGCAUUUCAGGAGCAGUCAUCUUUCAGGGGCUCAAAACGCGCUAAAUGUAUGUCGUUGGCAAGGUUGCGAAUACCGGAAACGCAGCAAUGCAGCCAUUCAGGACAUGCGGCGCGACACUGCGUUGCGUCACGUCCGAGAGACCCAUCUCGGGAUCAAAAGGAACUGAUGCUUUUCAUAUUCGUCACGGGAUUACGUUUUUUUUUUCUUCCAAUGUUCUUCAUUUUCCCCUUCGUGCAGAGCACAGAGCGCAG